ACUGCAUUACCUCCACCCCUUUCUGGUUUGGGGGUGAAAGAGGAAGUCGAGACCAUAUAAAGCUUCAGUAAAGCUUUAGUGGUUAAACCUUUUUUUACCAAGCUAGUGACUUGAUCGUGAAUAGAAAAUGGCAACUGAAGAGAUAUAUUCCGAAGAGGAUCUCUCGUGUCCAGUUUGUUAUGAUAUCUUCAGAGAUCCUGUCGUCCUAUCAUGUGGCCACAGCGUCUGUAAGGAGUGCGUGGAUGCGUUCUGGAUGAAAAAGGAAUGUCAAGAGUGUCCGGUGUGCAAACAGCUGAAUCUACACGAGCCUGUGUGUAACUUCACAUUGAAGAGUCUGUGUGAUUCUCACUUAGAGGAAUACAGUAUGAGAUAUUCCGCAGGCUCUGAACAGCACUGCAGCUUACACAAUGAGCGACUUCAACUCUUCUGUCUGGAAGAUAAACAGCCUGUAUGUCUUAUUUGCCAAAUAUCUCAACAUCACAACAACCAUGAAUGCUAUCCCAUAGAUGAAGCUGCUGAUCAUCUUAGGAAAGAACUUCAAACUGCACUUCAGCCGCUACAGGUAAAGCUGGAUCGCUUCUGUCAAGUUAAGCAGUCUUACCACAAAACUAAAACACACAUUAAGAGGCAGGCCCAGCAAACUGAGCAGCAUAUACGAAGUGAGUUUAAGAAGCUGUACCAGUUUCUACGAUUCGAAGAGGCAGACAGAUUACUUGCUCUGCGAAAAGAAGAGGAUCAGAAGAUUCAGAUGAUAGAGGGGAAGAUCGAGGAGAUAAACAAUGAGAUAUCGUCUCUGUCAAAAAUCAUCAGAACCAUUGAAGAGGACAUGUGGACUGAAGAUAUCAUAUUCGUACAGAACUUUAAGACCUCAAUGACUAGAACUCGAUGCUUCGUGCAGGAUACACAGAUGGUUUCAGGAGCGCUGAUUGAUGAAGCGAAGCACUUGGGCAACCUGGCAUUCAAAGUGUGGGCAAAAAUUAAGGACCUUGUGCAGUACAAUCCUGUUAUUCUGGAUCCCAACACAGCACAUACAUCCCUUAUACUGUCUGAAGAUCUGACCAGCGUGACAUUCGAUGAAAGCCAAGACAUGACACACCUACCCGAUAAUCCGGAAAGGUUCGAAACAAGCGUGUGUGUCCUCGGUGCUGAGGGUUUUGACUCAGGGAGCCAUUGCUGGGAUGUUGAGGUUGGGGAUAGGAGUUUGUGGGAGGUGGGAAUAACCACAGAGUCUAAUCCAAAAAAUGCAGGGCUGUUUUAUAAUGGUGUCUGGAGUGUGGAGAAUAACUGUGGUUUUUACACUCGCGCUCCUGCGCGGCCAAAAUCUCCAUUCUCCGCUGAGGGAGGACUUCAAAGAAUCAGAAUACACCUGGACUGGGAUGAAGGACAGGUGUCCUUCUCUGACCCUCUUAAUGACACUGAUAUAAAAAUUUUUAAUCAUACAUUUACAGAGAAAGUCUAUCCAUUUUUUUGGAGUCGCAGGCAGAGCGCUCCUGUUAGGAUUUUACCCAUGACUAUUUUACCCAUGACAGUGCUUGAAAACGAAUGAUUAAUCAGCCUGAAGGCCCUGGUUUAUCUGUUUUGUUAAUGAAAAAAUAUCAAUAUGUAUGAAAAAAUCUCUGUAUACGCUGAUAAAAGUCCUUAAACAGAAGUGUAAACACUUUUAAUUUUUUAUUAUUUUUGGCCCUUUGGUAUAUUAUACAAAAAAACUGGACCACAGAAUUGGUUGGGGGAAAAAAGCACAUUUGCUUUCUUUUUGCUCGCAUGUUAUUUUCAUUUAAUUAUUUU